CGUGUUUUUCUCACUCAUCCGCACUCAUGUUUACGAGUUUUCUCAAGCUGUGGCACAGCGUGGAGCUGUGAACUAGUUUAGCGUAAUGUUUAAUGUGUGCUGGCUCUGAUAGAAAGCUUCAAGAACGGACAGGAAUGUGUGUCACAACAGACUCGUUAUAAACAUCUCAGAACAGAAGAAACAUCGGGAAACCCUUGUGUAAAAAACUGGUUGACUAAACGCAUAUGUCAUAGUUAAAUGGAGGAAUAAGUGGGUGGACUAUGGACAAAGUAAUGACAAGCGAGCUUGCUCCGUCUACAGUUUUUAAAUAGCUUAACAUUUUUGUCGGAGACGCUACUUUAGUUGACGAUUCACUUCCUGCUCUAAACGCAAGCCAUUGCUUUCUAAAGUGCGCAUGCGCAAGUUUCUAUUCUAUUUUAUUUCGAUUUUUCUAGACAGUUAUUUAGUGAGCCGCACACAGCCUUAUAGUUGUCAAAGGGGGAUAUCACUCUAAAGAUAAAACAUACAUGAAGUGAAGUUGUGAUUUCCUUCUGUCUUCGAAUAAAAAUUACAUUAACACACAGCAGUUACCGCCUCAGCUAAACAACUGAAGUUUUGGCUCAGGAAGACGUGCGCGUUUGUGUUGACUUCACAGCUCACAGUAGCUUCAGUAGCAAAGGAAGUAUUCAGUCAGUUUAAACACUUAGUGCCAUUGUAAAUAUUUAUAUUCUUAUGAUUUGUAGCGCUACAGCAAAAUGACGGGUUGACAAUCUGUGUCUACGUGUUUAGCUGAAAAUGAUUAUCUUGCCUCGAUUGUCUGUUAUAUACUCUCUGAUGUGUUUUUGAAAGCAGGAAGUAGGAUGACUGCAAAGAUCAUACGUUGUGUAUCCGCGUGAAGAGUAAACUCUCCUCUCCGCACGUUCGGGACAAGACUGAAGUGUCUCAAUGCAGGAAUGGCUCCACGAAUGGAUGAUGUCAUGCGUCUGUGCUGUGAAUUAUCAGCUCACGAUCAGAUCAAAGUUGCGGUGAAAAACUCAACCAAAGGAGCGAUGGUGGCAGGAGGAACUGCCUUUGUAGGCGGGCUACUCGGUGGACCUCCAGGGAUUGCUGUUGGUGGAGCAGUAGGUGGUCUCUUGGGCAGCUGGCUUACCAGCGGGCAGUUCAGACCUCUGCCUCAGAUCCUGAUGGAGUUGCCACCUACCCAGCAACAGAAGCUCUGUAAUGACAUUAUGGCCGUCUUAGGCAACCUGGACUGGAUGGACGCGGCCCAGCUCGUCGCCCUCGUGAUGGGCAACGCCACUCUCCAGCAGCAGGUCACUGCUGCGCUGCUUAGCUACGUCACAAAGGAACUCAGAGCAGAGGUGCAUUAUCGGGACUGAGUUAUGUUACACUUGGACUUUUCAGGAUGGUCGGGCCUCACAAACAUAUUUUUGUACUUGACAAGAAAGGAAUCACAGUACAUUCAUCAUAGACACCUAUUUGUGUUGCUCAGUAAUGGAUGGAUAGUGACCGAAGUACAAAUAACAUUUUUGUAUAACAGGCUGAUGUCAGCGUCAGUUUUCUUAAAAAAUUGGGCCUGGGGUGCCAUUUAUUCUGGAUUAGAAUAUAAUCUCUUUAUUCCCACACUCUGUAUCAGGGUGGUUUUAAAAUACCUCUGCUGCCUCUACAAAAUAAACAUUGGAAUAAACAUUAUUGUGCUUUUGACUGAUUAUUUGCGUAUUUAAAGUUGUCAGGACUGUAACAUUGCACAUUUUGAAAAAUACAUCUGUAAGAAAGAAUUGCUCCAACAAUGUAAAUUCUCACAAUGUAUUCAGAUCAUUUUGUUACAUACACUGCUCCCAAAAGUGAGUUUUAUUUCCUAUUUGUUCUUACCGUAGAUUCUUCAUUAUUGCUUUAAAAUGGAAGCAGAUUGCAAUCCUGCCAAAACCUUUCCCACUGCUAUGGCUCAACCCUCUUUCACAUGACGACCAAGUCAGAGCGUUGACCGAGAACAGUUUGUGUGUGAGACAGACACAGAAGUAUGACCCAGAGACAGCAUGCAAGAAACAAAUGUCUAUAUUGCAAUACCCAUAUGGCAGAAAACAGAGUGUAGCUGUGACAGCUGAUUUAGUUUAACAAGGAUUAUUUUGUUAGUAUUCAACACCUACAACCGCUGCUACAUUGAGUCUUUGACAUCAACAAGGUCAAACCAUGAUGGUGUGUGUAAUUGUGAAAUGCCAUUACAUAAUUGUUACAUAUGUCUGGUAAAAUAAGAUGAAAGUACUGAGAGAAGUUGAAGUGUGAGCACGGAAUAAAAUUGAAGUGUCACUUUAAGUGUUCAUACUAAGUGAACCAUCAGUUCUGGUGAAAAGUGGUGACUGAGCAUUCAUUUGACCUGAAUGGAGUUAAAGUGUAAUGUGUGUGUCAGUGAUAAAUUGUGCUGCAAGUUUCAAGUAAAGUGGAAAUCAGGAAAGAAACUGGCACCAGUUCAAGA